AAUACAUCACUUGCCGUGGUUGGCUCAUAUGAUGUCCUCCCAUUCUCCGCGGAUGUGCGGCGAUGCGAUGUGUCCCUCAGACACAGCGGAUCACCGAUCACUGAUCAUCAGGGCACCGAUGAUCAGUGUGCCCUGAUGAUCAGUGUAGCCCCAGCAGUGCCACCUGUAAGUGUCCAUCAGUGCCAGCUGUCAGUGUCCAUCAGUGCCACAUCAAUGCCACAUAUCAGUGCCUUUCAGUGCACAUCAAUGCCACAUAUCAGUGCCCAUCUGAGCUGCCUUUCAUUGUCACCCAUCUGUGCCAGUCAGUGCCACCUAUCAAUGCCAAUCAGUGCCACCUAUCAAUGCUGCCAAUCAGUGCCACCUACUAGUGCCAGUCAGUGCCGCCUAUCAGUGCUGCCUAUCAUU